CACUUUGUUUUUUUCUUUCAGAAGUGGCAUCGGUAUGUUGUAAUUGCAGAAUUCUUCAUGAUGUUGCUGUUUGCUUUGUUACUUUUGUUUUUUCGCCAUAUUGUCUCCAAAAAUCCUGCUAAAUUUUAUAAUUACACUCUUAUUCCCAUCGAUAAACUUCCACCUUUUUUUGAAAAUUUUUUUGAGCACAGUAAAUGGGAGCUCAUAUAUGUGCCUUCAAACAGUGAGACAGUGAAGACUAUUGUUGAAGAUGCAUACGAAGCUUUAGACAUUGAUAUGAAAGUUAGUGGUUUUACUUCAGAGGAUAUUUUUGAAGAAUACAUGAAGUUCAGUAGUAACUCUACUGUUGUAUUGGCUGCCAUAGUUUUUAACCAUGACUUCACUGAUGGCAAAGAUCUACCUCUUCAGGUUAGCUACUCUCUACGUUUCAGUAACAAUGCAAGAAAUAUCUGGUACUUUUGGAAGAAUAUUAUGGUUCACGAUGAGUUAGCAGUUUGGCACACAGAUCUUCUCUUUCCAGUUUUUCCUGAGGCAGGACCUAGAAAUCCUGAUUUUGAUGAUGGAGGAGAACCUGGAUAUUUUGCUGAAGGGUUCCUGACGAUACAGCAUGCUAUUGAUAAAGCUAUAAUGCGAUACCAUGCAAAAAAUACUGCAAGAGAUUUGUUUAAUACCACCUCUGUUUUUAUAAGGAGGUUCCCAUUUCCAGUUUCUUCUGCUGAUAAUUUCUAUGUUAUUUUCAUCUUUUUUCUUCCCUUAACAAUUAUAAUAGUUUUCUCCGUGAUCAUACUCAAUGUGAUCCGUUUUGUCAUGUUGGAAAAGGAAAGUAUGCUGAAGGAGUACCUCUGCAUAACGGGAAUGAGCAAUCUGUUGCUCUGGAGUUCCUAUUUCUUCACAUAUUUCAUGUUUUUUCUUUUUAUCAUCAUUGUGCUGACUCUGAUAUUGCUAGUCAAGAUUGUAAACCUGCCAAUAAUCAUCUACAGUGAAGGAUCUUUGGUGUUUUUCUUUUUGAUGUGCUCUGCCAUUGUUUCCAUAUUCUUCAGCUUCAUGAUCAGCACAUUCUUCAGCAAAACCACUACAGCUGUUGCUUUAGGAGGUUUCCUCUACUUCCUUACCUACCUCCCAUAUCCUUUCAUUCAUUCUUACUACAAAAUGAUGAGUCUCAAUAAGAAGCUACUUUCCUGUCUUUUUUCGAAUGUUGCAAUACUCUUGGGUAUUCAGAUUCUAAUUUCCUCAGAGAUUACAGAAAAUGGGAUUAGUUGGACAAAACUUACACAGCCAGUCACCAGAAAUGAAAACUUAACCUUUGGACAUAUCCUCGGAAUGCUGAUAUUUGAUUCUUUUCUCUAUGCUGUGGUGACUUGGUAUGUAGAAGCAGUUUUUCCAGGAAGUUUAGGAGUACCCCAGCCCUGGAACUUCUUCUUGAUGAAAUCCUACUGGUACGGGACUUCAGCAACUACUGUAGAUAAAAACACAGAACCUAACAUUACUUUUGAAAAUCCAUACAUUGAAGAGGAACCUGUAGGUUUGGAGGUUGGGAUUCAAAUACAAAAUCUCUCUAAGGUGUUCAUCACAAACAAUAUUAAGAAAUAUGCAGUAAAUGAUCUGACACUGAAUUUUUAUAAGGGACAAAUCACUGUCCUUCUAGGACAUAAUGGAGCAGGGAAAACUACCACCCUUUCAAUGCUCACAGGUAUGUUGCCUCCAACAAGUGGAGAGGCAUAUAUCUGUGGGUAUGAGAUCUCCAAGUCCAUUGUUCAAGUCCGGGAGAGCAUGAGUUUUUGUCCCCAGUAUGAUAUCUUAUUUCAUCACAUGACAGUAGCUGAACAACUUUAUUUGUAUGGUCAGUUGAAAGGAUUGACUAAGAAGGAAUGCCGUAAAGAAAUUAAUCAGACUUUGAAAUUUUUCAACUUGGAAGAAAAGCAUGAUGACUUUCCACAAUCCCUGACAGCAGGCAUGAAACGAAAACUCAGCUUAUGCAUUACACUCUUAGGAGACUCCAAGGUAAUCAUUCUGGAUGAGCCAACGUCUAGGAUGGAUCCCAUCACUCAAAACAAUACCUGGGAACUUCUUCAGCAAUAUAAACAGGGCCACACCAUUGUGCUGACCACACACAAUAUGGAGGAAGCAGAUGUGCUGGGUGACCGCAUUGCCAUCAUGGCCCAGGGGGAACUGCAGUGCUGUGGCUCUUCAUUCUUCCUCAAACACAAAUAUGGUGCUGGAUACCACAUGAUCAUAGUAAAGGAGUUUAAAUGUGACACAGAGAAGAUCAUCCAAGUUGUUCAGCAAUAUGUACCGGAAGCCAAUUUGGAGAACAACUUUGGAACUGAAUUAUCUUUUAGCCUACCUAAAGAAAGUACAAACAGAUUUGAAGCUUUGUUUAAUGAACUAGAAACCAGACAAAAAGAACUAGGCAUUGCCACCUUUGGAGUUUCUGUCACAACUAUGCAAGAAGUCUUCUUUAGGGUUGAUAAAAUGGCGGCUUCCGGUGUGGAUCUUCAAAACAUCCAAUUUUCUUCUCUGUGGAUGCAGCAAGAGGAAAUAACCAAAAAACCAUUGCUUUCCCAAAAGAAAACCAUUUGGAGAAGGCAUCAAUCUAGUACUUUUAUGGCCAUUAAUGCUGAGAAUCCCUUUCCUUUUAUGUUCAACACUGGAUGGAAGCUCUACUGCCAGCAAUUCUAUGCCAUAUUCACCAAAAAAGCUUUGUACUGUUGGCGCAAUUGGAAGAUGACAUUGACACACAUUUUGGCACCCCUGCUAUUCAGUUUCUUAUUACUAAAAAGCUUUAAUUCUUUAAUUAGUCAACAAAACCCACUCUUGAAAUUGGAUUUGAGUAGAUAUGGCAAAACAAUUGUCCCUUUUUCUGUCUCUGGAAAUAUGUCUCUGAUUAAUAAUAUCUCAGAAUCCUUGAAUAUUAUACUAAGGAAUAUGGGACAACAGCCCCAAUUGGUGACAGGUGAAAUGGAAGAUUUCCUGCUUGAAAGUAAAACUUGUGUUGAGCACUGCAUUAUUGCAAUUUCUCUGGAAGUCACUAACUACACUCUGAUGGCAACGGCUCUGUUCAACAACCAGGCAUACCACUCGGCUGCAAUAGCAGUUUCAGUUUUGGAUAACAUUCUGUUUAGGGUGCUUUCUGGCCCCGAUGCUUCGAUCAUGGUCUCCAACAAGCCUCAGCCUGUCAGCAUCUUCACUACUGAGAAAGAUGUCAUUCUUGAAACUUCCAGUGGACAGGAAAUUGCCUUUAGUCUGUCCUUUGGCCUGGCAGCCUUGGCCAGUAUGUUUUCUCUCCAGCCUGUGAAAGAGAGAGUAAAGAAAGUGAAGCACAUGCAGUUUGUGACCGGUGUGUACGUCAUCAUUUUCUGGAUGUCUGCCCUGAUAUGGGAUCUCUUCAACUUCUUCAUUCCUUGUUUACUGUUUCUGGUGGUGUUCAAAGCCUGUCAAAUAGAAACUCUCUACAAUAACUUUCUGGAUGCCCUGAUGAUCUUCAUGUUAUAUGGAUGGUGCACCAUUCCCCUCAUGUACCUCAUGAGCUUUUUCUAUUAUCGAGCUUCUACUGCCUAUACCAAGCUUUUCAUGUUUAACUUCUUUUCAGGAUGGGCCAGUUUCCUAUUUGUCUACCUUGUAGAAAUUAAAGCGUUAUAUUUAGCUCAAUAUGCUGAAAUUGUGAGUGAUAUCUUCAUAGUACUUCCUAGUUACGACUUGGUGAUGGCUGUGAGUGGAUUUUAUGAAUUUGUCAGGACCAAGGAGCUUUGUGAUUUGCUUACUACAGAAACAGAUGAUUGUCAUCUUUAUGGUUCUUACUUCUACAAAAUAAGCAGUAAAGGGAUCGGGAAAUUUUUGAUUGCCAUGGCUAUUUUAGGUUUCGUUUUCCUCCUUAUGCUUUUUUUAAUUGAGAUAUACUCCUGGGAAACACAAAGCUGUUUUAAUCGUUUACUUUUCAAGAUCUACCACAUGUGGAAUUGGAAUUUGAAGAUGAAUUCUGAUCCAGUAACAUUUUUCGAAGAUGAAGAUGUGGUAAAGGAGAGAGAGAAAAUCCUGGAGUGCCCUAAAAAUAUGAUAUCAUCUUUGAACAGCCUGCUCGUUAUUAAGAAACUCACAAAGGUAUAUUUCAAGCGAGUUCCUUUAAUAGCUGUGGACAAACUCACUCUAACAGUCCAGAAGGGAGAGUGCUUAGGACUUCUGGGUUUCAGUGGUGCAGGGAAAACCACUACCUUCAAAAUGUUGACUGGAGACGAGACCAUCACCUCUGGGGAUGCCUUUUUUGAAAAUCACAGCCUCUGCUGGAACAUUAGAGAGGUGAGAAAGAUAAUUGGCUACUGUCCACAAUAUAAUGCUCUCCUGGACUAUAUGACGGGGAGGGAGAUAAUAAUGAUGUUUGCUCGGCUCCGAGGAAUCCCUGAGCUUUAUAUUCAACAGUAUGUGGAGCAAAUUCUUCAGGCACUGCUAAUACAGAGGCAUUCAGACAAGCUCAUAAGCACCUAUAGUGGUGGCACUAAGCAGAAAAUGAAUAAUGCUAUUGCCUUCCUUGGAUUUCCACCAAUCAUCUUUCUGGAUGAACCAAGCACUGGCAUGGAUCCUGUGGCCCGACAUUUACUCUGGGACUUGAUAACGCACAUCCGUGAAUCUGGGAAGGCCAUUAUCCUAAGCUCUCAUAGCAUAGAGGAAUGUGAGGUGCUAUGCACUAAACUAGCCAUCAUGGUGAAAGGGAAGCUCCAGUGCCUCGGCAGUCCUCAGUAUCUCAAGAACAAGUUCAGCAAGGGUUAUAUCCUAGUGGCCAAGAUCAAAAAAGACGGUAAAGAUACUGACCUGGAAUAUUUCAAGGAAUACGUCAAGGUGAUCUUCCCAGGCAGCAAAUUGUUACAAGAGCACCAAAAAAUGGUCCGGUACCUCGUUCCUAGUGAGAAUCUCAGCUGGUCAAAGGUGUUUGGUAUGCUGGAGAAGAUCAAAGAGGACUACAAUUUGGAGGAUUAUACCAUCAGUCAGACUACAUUAGAGCAAGUCUUCAUGAGCUUUGCUAAUAUAAAAGAAGAAGAAGAAGAAGAAACCAUAAAAUGAAAGAAUAAAAAGCAAAAGUAAUAAAAAAAAAAAAUUGUACUCCCAGCCCUCAUCACAUGAACAGCUGCUGAUUGUAUUUGGUGCAUUGAUGGAAAAUAAUUCAACAUUUCUAUGUUGUUGUUUAAAGGCAAUAAAGAAUUUAUUUUCUGUUUUGAA